AAAGAAACUCGCCCACCGGCAGGCAGCUGGAAAUUGCAUUUUAUUUGUUUAGAUUUUUCAAUCAAUUCGUAAAGAAAAUUUCGUUAAAACCCGAAAUGAAAACAAUUCCUCCAGAUGAAAACACUAACCAAGUUGCUGCUGAAAGUGAAGCAUCCGAUGAUGAUAAAGACGAUGCUGCAAGUGUUGUAAGUUCAGCUACAACAACCACUUCCCGGAGUAAGUCCCCAUCGGGCAGAAAAUUUAAAUCAAGGAAGAAACACAAGCAUUCUAAAUCAUCAAAGCCAUCAUAUUCCUACAGUUGUCAUCUUCGGGAGGACCAUGGCCAGCCCAUAUUUGGAGCUCAGUUCAAUCACUAUCUGAGUAAGGAGCAAGCAAUCUUUGCAUCUGUGGGCAAAGAUAGACUUUCCAUCUAUGAGUGUCCCUUGGAAGGUGGAAUGAAACUUUUGCAGUGCUAUGCCGAUCCAGAUGCCGAUGAGAACUUCUAUACUUGCGCUUGGUCCUACGAUCCUGAGAGUGGGGAUCCAGUACUGGCGGCCGCUGGCUAUCGGGGGGUCAUAAGAAUCUUCGAUCCUACGAAGCACAGCUGCACAAAACACUACAUCGGCCAUGGACAUGCGAUAAACGAACUGAAGUUCCACCCAAAGAAGCCGACGAUUCUGCUGUCGGGUAGCAAGGAUCAUUCCUUGCGUCUGUGGAACAUCCAGACAGACACUUGCGUUGCUAUAUUCGGAGGCGUCGAAGGUCAUCGAGAUGAAGUUUUGAGUCUGGACUUUGACUUAAAUGGCGACCGUAUUAUGUCCAGUGGCAUGGAUCAUUCACUUAAGCUGUGGCGACUGGAUAAGCCAGAAAUCAAAGAUGCCAUAGAAAAGAGCGGCACUUUCAAUGCUAACAAAUCGGUGGGUCCCUUCCCCACAAUUAAGGAACACUUUCCCGAUUUCAGUACGCGUGAUAUUCAUCGGAACUACGUUGACUGUGUCCAGUGGUUUGGAGAUUUUGUCCUUUCAAAAUCCUGUGAAAAUUCGAUUGUUUGCUGGAGGCCUGGUAAGUUAGACCAGCCCAACAUUAAGACCCCACCAGAGUCUUCGGCAACAAUAAUCCAUCACUUUGACUACAAAGAGUGUGAGAUUUGGUUCAUUCGAUUUGCCUUCAAUAACUGGCAGAGGAUUCUCGCCCUGGGGAACCAACAUGGAAAGACCUAUGUAUGGGAAUUGGAUAAUUCUGAUCCAGAUGCAACGAAGUGUAGUACUUUGGUGCAUGCCAAGUGCACAACUGCCAUUAGGCAGACUGCAUUUUCGAAGGAUGGUAGGGUUUUGGUUUGUGUUUGUGAUGAUGGAACCAUCUGGAGAUGGGAUAGGAAUGUUUAAAAUGUCAGAUGACAACAAUUUUUUAAAAAGAAUCUCACAAGGAAAGUAUUAUUAAGUAUUUACUCUUACUUAAAAAUGGUAA